AUGUUGUCACCAAGUUUUGUAACACAUUCAAGUAAUUAUGUACCUGAAAUGACCAAAUUUACUGACAAAAUUGUUCGUAAUGGUUAUGCAUAUAAAUUAAAUUUAACGGUUUAUUUUGAUACAUUAAAGUUUUAUGAAAAACAUUCAUAUGCACAAUUAGAACCAGAUCGAAUGGAUGAUGUCGAAAGUAAAUCUGAUGAGCCUACUUGGGAAUCAUCAUGGGGAAUCGGUCGACCAUACUCCGAUAUACAAUGUGCUGCUAUAACUAACAUUCUGUUAGGUUCACCAUUCGACAUUCACAUGGGUGAUAUUAAUCUCAAAUUCCCUCAUCAUAAAAAUAAAAGUGUUCAAUGUAAAGAAUAUCAUGCUAAUGCUGAUUCAUGGGUCAAUCUAACAUAUAAAUAUCAAACAUUAUCAAUAUCAUCAAAUUAUAUUGGUAAAACUGAUCAAAUACUUGAACAAUAUUAUUUUUUAAUCAAAUUCAUCUAUUAUUUCUUGUAA